AUGUUAAACAAUAAUAAAGAAGAAACUAAUUCAAAGGAAGUAUUUGAAUCAGUGUUAAAACAGCUGCAGUCAUUGGGAGAUAGAGGCAAGAGGGUGUUAGUGCGUCUCCACGACAGCCUCGGACCCAAGGAAGAUCAGUUGACAGACACAGUAAUGGGCAGCGAUGAGCAACUCGAUCAUCUCCGGAAUGUGCUGGUCGAAGCGAUCGACGAAGAAAGCAAUAGGACAAAAAGACAGCAAAAACGCCGUGAUGCUAGAGAAGACGCUAGAAGUAAACGCGAGCUACUGCUCGGGCAAGCUGAUCUUAAAAGAGAACUAAAUGCAGACGAUGAAGCAAGGAACUAUGCUGCAGAGGAGGGGCUAGAACCAGAUGGAUACGCAGAACAUCACGUCCAAGUAAACGAGACUACGGCCUUCGAUAUGUCCAAUUCGGAGUUCUGGUCUUCAUUUUCCAGCAGUGAAGAAGCUUUGCUCGAAUGUGCUGGACUGAUAUUGAACCUGCCGUUGACUCCUCAUGCUUUUUGUCAGCCUCAUGCCACGGAACAGGAGGCACUUCUUGCGUCGCGAGCUAAUGCCUUAACUUAUAGAGUUCCAGCCAACGGCUACUACUUUUUCGUGUUCAACUCAGAGAAUGAAGUGCAAAGAAACUUUAUAAGAGCACGUUUUGAUUUACAAAAGACAAGAUACGACGUCGCAAGAACAACUUUAAGAGAAUGUAGAAACAGCACUGAGAGAUGUGAUCUUCCACUUGAUAUAUUCUCUAGCCAAAAGGUAGUAUUAGAGCUCCCGUUGAGAAACAACGACUCACUGUGGAAUGAACAGUUUGUGAUCAUAUCGGAAUGUGAGCCGCGGACGUCUGUGUACCUCGCGUGUGCGAUCGCAGUACCGAUAUUCAUAUUGGCUUUUGCUUUCCAA